AUCCUUCUACUAGCUUCCAGUGAACGUUACCUUUAACCUCCACCAUAUUCAUAUAAAUUCCCCUUCUUACUAUUCUCUUUCGAUCUCAUAAAAUUUCAAAUUAUCACCUUCAAUUCUCUUUCCUCUGCUCUUUUUUCCAUUGAUCAUACCUUUUUUUUCUUCAAAUCAAAAAAUGGCGUCUUCAGAAUCAUCAGAACCAACACCAGCAGAGAUGCGAUCAUUUUUAGAAAGACUAAUCAGUUCCCAAAACAGAGAUUUAUCCAUGUUCAUCCCUCUUCUUUUAGGGUUUACAACCAUGAACCCGACUUCAACCCAUUCAAAUUCGGACUCAAACUCGCCGAACCCAGAUCAUAAUUCAGAAAAUCAUUCAAACCAAGAUGAAGAAGAAACUCUCGGAGAUAGGAUUGUACUAAUAAAUCCACUGACACAAGGAAUGGUGGUAAUUGAAGGAGAAGGGUUAGAUUCCAUGUUUCGCAGUGUAGGUAUCAAAGAUGGACCUCCACCUGCUUCAAAAUCAGCGAUUGAGGCAUUGCCAAGUGUCGAAAUCAGAGAUGGGGAAGAAGGGGAAUGUGUGAUUUGUUUGGAAGAAAGUGAAAUUGGUGGGUUUGUGAAAGAAAUGCCAUGUAAACACAGAUUUCAUAGUGGGUGUAUUGAAAAAUGGUUGGGUUUGCAUGGAUCGUGUCCAGUUUGCAGGUUUAAGAUGCCGAUUGAAGAAGAAGAUAGUGGGAAGAAAAAUGAGGAGGAAAGAGAAGGAAGCAGAAGAAGAAUACAAAGGGAAAUUUGGGUUAGUUUUGCAUUUGGGCGUAGUAGGAGAACAGAGGAUAGAGAUAAUGGCGGUGAUUCUGGUAAUGAUCAAAAUCAAAGUAAUCAGAAUCAGAGGGAAAGUUCAGAGUAGUGCAAUUGGGGGGUAAUUGAAGAAAUUUUUUGACAUUUUUUGUGAAAAUUGAUUUUUUUUUUGUUAAUUAUAGUAGGGUUUAUGUUUAGACAUGAUUUAGGAACAUGUGAUUCAUUUAGAUUUCAAUUAUGGAAUUUUAUUUUGUAAAUAGAAAAUUUAAAAUAAAAUAUUAAAUUUGAGCUAAUUUUAUUUUUAUAAAUAAAAUUAUCAAUGAAUUGGCGGUUUUGAGUGAUACAUUUGUGCA